CGGGGUGAGAAGCCAGUGUGCAGUAAGAGGUAACCGGGCGAGUGUUAGUGGCGCUUCUCCCGUGCUGUGGCUCACGUUUUGGUACUAGAGGCCGAGACUGUCCUGGCGACUGCGACCAUUGCGGCGACGGCUUAGGCUCCCCGAGGAGUGGCAGAAUACGGUCUGGAGGAGGGACUUCUGGUUAGCACAGGCAGCUGGAAGGUAAACGCAAGAGAGACAGAAGAACUGGAAAGAGGCGGAAUACACUGAACAGGGAACUUGGCAAGGUUGGGAACUUUAAUCGCUUUGUUAAAGAGUCUGUCAUAAUGAAUGGAUCAAAUGUGGCAAAUACACCACCCAGUGUAAAAUCCAAAGAGGACCAGGGACUAAAUGGGCAUGAUGAAAAAGAAAACCCAUUUGCAGAAUAUAUGUGGAUGGAGAAUGAAGAGGACUUCGACAGACAGGUGGAGGAGGAGCUGCAGGAGCAAGACUUCUUGGACCGCUGCUUCCAGGAGAUGCUGGAUGAGGAAGACCAAGACUGGUUUAUUCCAGCACGAGACCUGCCGCAGGCCAUGGGACAGUUGCAGCAGCAGUUAAAUGGACUGUCCGUCGGGGAUGACCAUAAUUCUGAAGAUAUUUUGAGCAAAAGUAACCUGAACCCAGAUGCCAAGGAGUUUAUUCCAGGAGUGAAGUACUGAGCCAACAGAAUCUUUGAGGAGGACUUGCCUGUCCCCACAUUUGGGGAUAGUGAUGCACAAAAAGGCAGAGCUGUCUAGAGGCGGGUGGGGUGGGCAAGGGGAGUACAGCCGGGAAGGGGAACCUCGGUUUAACUGGAUACUGUGACUCUACAAGCCUCUGAGUAUUUCCUUUUGGUUCUACUGACUUUGGAGCAGUUUCCUGUUUUGUUGUUAAUUAGCUCUUUUUGAAUUAAGGAAAUCGCAUUUUAUUUUUUCCUUUAUCAGGAAUGUUCUACUGUCUGUGUUUAAACAAAAUAAGCUGACCAAGGAAUAUUGAGUUUUUAAGAAAUACCCUUCUCAUCCUGCUGUGUACCUACCAGGAGCAAGAAAUACCCACAGAGCUACUUGCAAAGACUGUUGCGAAGUCUUGCUGGAUGGGAAAAGGGACAAGCAGAGGAGACACAUGGUGCAAACCAGAAUCUGGAGCCCAGCUCUCCUGUUCCCUGGUGUUUCUGCAGUGAACUGGGAGUACCAAUGGCCUGUGGAGCCAUGUCUUUCUGCUCUGAACCCCAUUCAAGUAAAAACAGACUUAAAGUUCUUAGUUUACAGUAACUCUUCAUUCUGAUGAAAGUUGUACAUAGAAGGAGUGGACUAUGAUGGCGAUUGUCACUAGAGUCCUGUGGUUGCUGUUGUCCUCUUCUUAAGCCUUUGUUUACAGCUACCAUCAGUCUCAUCAUUCACAGGUGAAAGGGCACUCAGGGCUGAUUCGCGACCUCAGCCCUCAGCUGUCUCUGCCCAUAACUGCUUUCCAUCCCAGCCCUACUUUGUUUUUAGGAAAAGUUAUGUUACCAAAACAUGUGAGAAGCCUUCUGUUUUGGCCAUUAGCUCGAGUUUGGAGACUCAACCUUAAAUCCUGGUUUUUGUUUACUGUAGCAUCUUGGGUUGUUUGUGUCUUAAAGUUUAUUCAGACAGUUUUUUAAUUUUUUCUCCAGUCCCAUCAACAUUGUUCUCCUAGUAUCUUAAUUCCCUCAGAAAAGUUUAUGCACCUUUUCAAGGAAGUAUAUUUUUCAGGACAUGAGUAAGAAGCUCAGCUCACAGAUUGGAUGCUUCUCCUACCUUAUAAAAGUAUGCAGAGGAAUUGAAAAAUGACCUAGGAGUCCUGCUAGACCCAUAUGACUGUGUCCACAACCCUCCAGGAUAGUUAAAGCUGUUUCACAUUUUACUGUUCCCAUACACCAAAUCUUUUGAGUUUUCUAGGUUGACCUUUCUGGGUAUGCUCCUGUUGUCUUUCCUACCUAUAACUCACUGAGGGUUUUUGUUGAUACAUCUAAGGACUAAAGUGGGCACCAGGAGCUGCUUUUUGUGUACAGAGAACGUAGGAGGUAGUAGUGUGUGUGAAAGAGCAUGUCUAGUGCUGGCUCUUCUCCCAGGAUGAGUACUGACAGAGAUCUGAGGAUGCAGUGGAUUUUGUAUAACUGUUGCUUGCUGAGUGAUAGGCCUAUAAGGGCAAGAUCACAUAACUUGAAAUAAAGUCGGUAGAGAUUCAGUAUGUGGAUGUGGGACAGAGUUUGGAAGAAAAGGACUAGGUCUGGAAAGCUGAAGAAAUUCUCCAUUUUCUUAUGAGCUCACUUGUUGACUUUUUUGGGGGGGGGGGCGGGGAGGGUGCCAGGGAUCAAACCUAGGGCUUUAUGCAUGCUGGGCUGGCACUUUGCCAUUGUGCUGUAUCCCAGCCUCCCUUGUUGAUUUUUUGAAGAUCCACAGGCAAAUGCCAGGGUUUUUUCCUCCAGUACUAAGGGGUUGAACCCAGUGGUACUCUACCACUGGGCUACCAUCCCCAGUCCUUUAUUUUUUAUUUUGAGACAGGGUUUCUUUACUUGCUGAGGCUGGCCUUGAACUUGGAAUCCUCUUUCCUCAGCCUCAUAAAUUGUUGGGUUUACACUAAUACCAGAUUUAAAAUACAAACCCAUAUCUUUCCUCAUUUAAGUUUAUAGGGUGGAAUCAUUUGAAAAAUGGUCUUUCUCACAUGUCAUAGGACUAUGAGUAGCUUCGGGAACAUGUAUUGCCAAACAUGCAUAUUCCCAAAGCUUCUACCUCAAGAGAAUGAAAUUGUUAAUUUUAUUUUAGGGAGGACUCUGAAUAAAAAACCUUGUUUAUUCCAGCUUUAGUUUUCAGCCAGGAUGUUGCCUCUAAUAAAGAGAAGGCAUUGGAAGUACAUAAAUAGGGGAAAUCUCUCUCCUGGGGCUACUGUGCUUGUUCUAGUCUCCAUUAGCCCAUCUAAACUCAAAAAUGCUGAAGGCUGUUGGAAUGUGUUGGCAUUGUAGGAAGACCCUUUUUCAAGAUCCUUGUAUCUUCACAAAGAGGACAAUGGACUCUCCUUUGGCUACCCAUCAGGAAAGCUCUGUAGGGAUCCAGAGUAACCAUUUCUUCAUCCUGAAGGUUUGUUCUUUUGAUGUCAGGUAGACUGAACUACUAGGCAUGGUCCAAGAGGCUCAUUUUUCUUCUGCUGUGCUGGCUGUUUUGAAUGUCUGUCUUCAGCACAGUGUCACAAGGUAUAUUGGGUCUGGACUAAGGAAACUCAACCAGAUGAGUCUGGAACCUAAGGGCAGGAUUUUUCAGCCCCCCUCAGAUGCAGAAUGUGCUGCCCUCCAGAUCAGGAAGCAGCGUGCAAGGUGAUCCCUUAUGUAAUAUAUAGGACUUGUGCUUCCACUGGUUCCUCCUGUGGCCCAACACUUUUUAUCAUUUAUUUCAUGUUCUCAAAUGUGUUGGGGUUGUAGGAAGGGAUUAUCCCCUGGGCCACAGGCUCAGCCCUAAUUUGCCAAUUUCUUAGCAGAAAAUUCAUGUGGAUCUUGUAGGCCCUUCCCUGGGGAAGUGCUGAGAGCCUCCAUCUCAGAUUUUUCCCCCAGAAGAGGUCUGAGUGCAAGCAAGGCAAAGCUUGUGUUUAUGAGUGAUAGUUUUGAUGUUGAAUUUAAGCCACUGUUGUCUUCUUACUUUUAAAAUUGGCAACUAGAAGUUUGACAGUUUAUAGAAAUGGAGUAUUUUUAACAGUUGCCAAUCUGGCUGGUCCCAGUGUUAAUUUAUUAGAUUACUGUUAUUAUUUAUUUGACUCUAAAACUACAAGGAGAUAAUUCCUCUUUUUCUUCAUGGGAAAAAACAAUAAAGGAACAUCUUUCGAGUUUCUCAAGGUAUUUGAACUGCAACAGAAAAUUCAAGGAUAUAGCCUAGACCUGGGUACAUGGCAGUUCUGAGCCUCGGGCCAGUUUCUGUGUACAUUAGUUUACUUUUGGGAAUCAUAUAAGGACAGACCUGGAAAGAUCAUAAAGAUAAGGAUGGAUUUUUGUAGCACCUUUAAUUUGCAAAGUCAAAACAGUUGGGAUGUCUUUAAAUUUACCCUGCUAACAGUAGCUUACAAUAAAUGUUUUAGUGAAAUACUAAGCAUUUUCCAAAUUGUUUUUUUGCUAUAAUGUCGAAAAGUUUUAUCUUGAUUUAAGAGAGGCUGAGCCAUAGUGAGGUCACAUGAAUAUGCUGGUAAUUAACAGGUUAGAAAGCAAAGUUGAGAGAAGAGGUAGCCCACAGAAACAGCAUUCCCACAUCCACCCUCUGGUGGCUGGAAGAAGCAGGCCUUCUUCAGUGAGCAACUCAGCAUUACAGGCUAAUGAUCUCUUGGUUUAGGUGAUAACUGAGAUAUGAGAACUAGAGAUCUGAAAAUUUUUGAUCAAGAUUUGGAGAUAUUCACCCAUUUGUAAAGAUUGUGCAUCUCCUCUAGGAUACUGGCAAAUGGGCAGAGAGAACAGGAUUGACCCUGAUUUGCUGUCUUGUGAAUUUCAUCCACAGACUUGGUCACAGUUUGGAAAGAGAGGUUUUAGAGUUUCUUUCUCCCUUGUUUUAAUCUCCCAUACUGAACAUGCUACUGGUGACAGGGACAGGGGAGCAGGAAAUCUACCCAAGGAAAUACUCAAGUGUCUUGCAUAUUACUUGGCCUUCUCCUCUCACUUUCUAAACCCCCAUUGCUGUUCCCAGUCAGUUUCAUUUUUAGGGAAGUCAUGAGAAAAAGACAGCUGGAUUUACUGAUCUCUGUAGGGUGUUAGCCAAGAGAUUUGUACUUCCUGCUUCCAGGGGAUGUGAGAGAAAUCUAAAAGAACAGAGACACCAUCUUUAUUUGGCGGGGGGAAAUUAUUUUUAAAAGGCUGCUUUUGUUUUUAAGUCUCAUUUGCAAAAUUUGCUGAGCUUACUUACUUCCUCAAAUCUACCUUCUCACUGGCUUUUUUUUUUUAAAUAAUAAAUGUUUUAGAUUAUUUCUACAGAAAAUUGAAAUUUUUUUUUCUGUUUUAUAUUGCUGGGGCUCAAAUUCAGGGCCUUCCUCAUUGUUGGGCAAACACAUACUAUUAAGAUAAUAAAAUUUAAAAACAUUUUACUAUUUUACAAUUACUAUUUUUUUCUAUAAAAUAGUAAAAUGUUUUACUGUGUAAGUGAUAAUCCUGUUCUUUUGAUUGUGAGCUCUUCAAAAUUGUUUAAUGCUUGAAGGGUAGUUGGGAGGUAGGGAGUCUUUUAAAAAAACAACUUUAAUGAUGCCUAUUUUACAUAUCAUAAAAUUCACCCAUUUCAAAUGUUGUACAAGUCAGUGGUUUUAAUAACUUUCCUCAGUGGUGCAGCCAUAACCAUUACUUGGUUCUGGAACAUUUUCAUCACUCCCAGUAAGAUCUUCAUGUUCGUUAGUUCUUGUUCCUACUCCAGGUAACCACUUCCAUGUAUAAAUUUGCCUUUUCUUGACAUUUCACAUCAAUGGAGUCCUGCAUGUGGUCUCUGGUAUCAGGCGUUUUUUCACUUAACAUAAUGUUUGUGAGGCUCAUCCACUACAUAGAACAUGUUUUGGUGGCUUGUUCUUUUUACUACUGAGUAGUAUCCCAUUGAUGGGUAUGUACAUUUUGUUAGCCAGACAGCCUGACGAACUUGGAUUUCAGAUUCCUGUGGUCUAAAUGGAACUCUUUGAACAUAGAUAUAUAGGACUCAUAGGUGAAGCUACUGUGCGUGUCAAAGGAAUUACUUUUCAGAACCAGCUUUGUCACUAAGAAGCUCCACAGAAGGGGCCUUGAGUGCUGCAGAAAUUUUUAUAAUUUUGCAACAUUUUUUUAUAAGAAACUUUUGUGCUGUCUACUACACAUCGGGACUUUUGAAGCAUCUAAAAAAUCCAUUUAAUAAGUAUGAGCAUGUGUCUCAGUGGAGAAGAAAGUGAAACCAUCUAUGCUGUGCUGGAUGUUUUUCCUCCUCCAGAAUGGAUGGGGGAAUCUGUGAACUUCCUAAAUAAGUAGCAUGUCUCCAGUUACAAAGCUGAACGUGUAUUAAAAGUUGUACUGCCUUUGUUGGACACAUUAGGAGGGAGGGAGGGAGAGAGGGAGGGAGGGCUGACGGCAGAAGUAGAGAGAGUGGAGCUUGUGGAACAAGAAGCCCCAGAAGGUCAGAGGGUGUGUGUGUGGCACCCCUGUUGGUAUGGAUGGCAAGUAAAGUACUGAUGGUACUGGGGACAGCAUAGCACCCCCGGCUGGCCCAGGUUGAGACUUUGGAACUUUGUCGCUGUUUCAUAAAUGUUUUAAAAGCUAUUGUUGCUUCCCCUCACCUUCUAAAUAAACGUUACAUGGCAGUUAUUAAUACUACUUUGGAGGAGGGAUAGUGCUUUAAAAUUGAAGAAAAUAAUUUUCAUGAAAAUAUAAAAAAUAGAAGUCACUUUUAAAAGUUUGCUAUACAAACCAAAUGGCAGCUGUUGAAAAUCUCAAUAAAUGAGAAUAAAGUGCA